AUGACGUCACUGCUGAGGCGCAAGAUGGCCGCGUCUGGUCGGUAAACGCUCGUCCGACCGCGGAACCGAGCGAGUGAACAUAGGGAGUGUGUGGAUGCUGUGAGCGAGUGUCGAGGAGCGAAUAACCCGACAGACUCGCGACUCUCCGCGAGGAUGGACGCCUCCGAGUUCAUGGACACGAUGGACCCGAGCUUAGCCGAACUGGGCGAUGAGUUCACACUGGGAGACAUCGACGAGAUGCUGCAGUUCGUCAGUAAUCAGGGGGAUUUCCCGGAUCUCUUUGAGGACCAGAUGGGGGGCGGAUCUGUGGCCCCCGUGAGGCCCCUCCCACUGACGGCCCCCAGCGCCAUCCUGACCCCCCCACACACACCUGUGCAGACCAGCAGCCAGACACACACACAGACACACACACAGAUACAGACGCAGGUACAGGCACAGACUCAGACACACACACACACACAGACGCAGAUACACACACGCACACCGCCGCUGCUGCAGCCUCGACCACAGCCCAUCACACAGGUGCAGACGUUCCCCAUGCAGACGCUGGCUGUGCAGACGCAGGCGCAGCCGCAGACGGUGAUGCUCACGUCGACCACCAACCCGUCCCGAUUCAUCCAGAACCAGGUGAUCUGCCAGCAGAACCACGGCACGGGCUUCCAGGUCCUCCAGCCGCAGAUGCAGAGCAUUAUGACAUCACCGCAGGUCCAGCCAAUGACGAUCCAGCACCAGCGUGUGUUGACUUCGACCGGUCAGACCAUCCAGACGCUGUCGACGACGCCCAUGCACACCAUGUCCCCUCUGUUGGUGCACCAGCCUCAGAUCCUGAAGACGGACUCUCUGGUCCUGACCACACUGAAGCCGGACGGGACGCAGGUUCUGUCGACCGUGCAGAACCCCACGGGCAUCACGACCCUCGCCGCGCCCAUCCAGACCACCGCUCUGCAGGUUCCAACGCUGAUGAGCAGCAACAUCCUGACCACCGUUCCCAUGGUGAUGGGGGGCGGAGACAAGCUGCCAAUCAAGCAGCUGUCGUCGGGCUCCGCCCACACUGGGGGCGGAGCCAGGGUGGUCCUGGAUCAGGGAUUGGCUGUUACCACAGGACCGGGAGGAGUCGUGAAAGAGGGCGAGCGACGCACGACACACAACAUCAUCGAGAAGCGCUACCGCUCGUCCAUCAACGACAAGAUCCUGGAGCUGCGCGACCUCGUCAUGGGCAACGACGCCAAGAUGCAUAAGUCAGGUGUUCUGCGCAAAGCCAUCGACUACAUCAAGUACCUGCAGCAGGUGAACCACAAGCUCCGGCAGGAGAACCUGGCGCUGAAGAUGAGCAGCCAGAAGAACAAGUCUGUGUGUGUCUCUGAUGAUCUGGAUCUGAAGCCUGAGACGGCGUUCAUCUCUCCUCCUCCGUCGGACUCUGGCUCCAGUUCUCCCGCCCAGCUCUCGCCCUUCUGCCUCGACUCUGAGCCAGGGAGCCCGCUGAUGGAGCACGAGCAGAUGAAGAGCGAGCCGGACUCGCCCUCGUCAGUCGGAGUGAUGGACCGCUCGCGGCUGCUGCUGUGCGCGCUCACCUUCCUCUGCCUGUCACUCAACCCGCUGCCGUCUCUGCUGCACGCCGACGAGGACCGGGCUCUGAGCGCCGCCCACGGGCCCUCACGCUCACUCUUCUCCCUGCCCGGACACACACAGGGCUACGGGGCGUGGCUGCCAUGGUUCCUGGUGUGGCUGCUGAGCGGGGUGGGCGUGGUCUGGGGGUGUGUCCGAGUGCUGUACCUGUGGGAGCCGGUCACACCCCUUCACUCGCCCACCUCAGUGCGCUUCUGGAGACAGCGCAAACAGGCCGACCUGCAGCUCUACCGGGGCGAUUACGCGGCCGCUGUUGCAAGUCUCCAGACGUGUCUGUCCGCGUUAGCCAGAGUCCUGCCCUCCUCCACGCUCGACGUCAUGUGCUCCCUCUCCUGGAACCUGAUUCGCUUCUGCCUGCGGAGGCCCGCCCCCCUGGGCCGGCUGCUGCGUUUGGUUGGAGGACGGCAUGAGGGGGAGGAGUCACAGACCAGCUCCCGGGACGCAGCGCUGGUGUAUCACAAACUCAGCCAGCUGCAGCUCACAGGUAAGAUGGAGCGGCGUCCGCUGUGGGGUGUGUGUGUGUCUCUGAGCGCAGUGAAUCUGACUGAGAGCGCUGAGGGGAAGAUGUCUGUGACUCAGCAGAUCCAGAUCUACGUGACGGCCGCCAUCAGCCUGAGAUCAGCUCUGGGGAAACACCUCAGCUGUGUGCCCGGUUAUUUGUUAAGCUGUGCCGAGGCUCUGGCCUGUCAAUCAGACUCUAAGCCCCUCCCACCGGACGCAAAGCUCCUCCCGGACUGCCUGCGCUGGAUCUUCACGCCAUUGGGCCGGCAGUUUUUCCUCAGCUGUGAUUGGUCGGUGAGGUCCGAGAGCAGCGAGCAGGUGUUCACCUCUCCGAGAGAUGAAGCGGAUCCCAUCGCACAACUGCACCGCUGCUUCUGUGAGAAACUGCUGGAGAGAGCCGUACACACACUGAUCGAGCCGCAGAGCAGCAAACACGCCGAGGAUGCUGGGGAGUUCACUGGUGUGUUGGAGUUCCUGCAGCUGUUGAACAGCUGUACUGAAGACUCCGCCCCCUCAACCGCCCCUUUCCCCGCGCUGGCCAAUCAGAACUCAGCCUCAGUGAGGGACCCCGUGUGCCGCUGGUGGGCGUCGGUCCUCAAGGCUGCGGUUCAUUGGCUGCAGGGUGAUGAUGCGUCGGUGAGGUCACUGCUGGCGGAGGCGGAGCGGAUGCCGCGAGCGCUUCACACGCUAGAUCCCCCGCUGCCCAAGGCCGUGCUGGCGCUGUGUAAGGCGGUGCAGAUGAGUGUGUGUCCGCAGAAGGGCGAGGGAGUCGUGAGCUGCCUCAGUCACUGUCAGCGCGCCAGUGCUCACCUGCACAUCAGUGUGUGUCAGUCGCACAACAACACCUGGCUCCACAAGGGGGUGGAGCUUCUGGUCUGUGACCUCCUCCUGACUCUGAGAACCAGCCUAUGGCAGCGCGGGGGCGGGUCCAAUGGAGAGCCCGGCCCCGCCCCCGGAUCCCAACUGGCUGGAUUCCAAAGGGACCUGAGCUCUUUGCGGAAGCUCGGACAAGCCCACACACAGGCCCAGCACAAGCUGUUCCUGCACGAGACGACGGUCAGGCUGAUGGCAGGAGCCAGUCCCACUCGCACACACCAGCUGCUGCGACACAGAACACACAACUACACAACAGCAGCCGCCGGUGGCGAGCGCGAGAGAGCUCAUGCUAUCCUGCUAGCGUGUCGUCACCUGCCGCUGCCGCUGCUAACGCCGCCGGGUCACCGAGCUCGACUGCUCGCCGAAGCCAAGCGCACGCUGGAGAGAGUGGGGGACCGGCGCUCACUGCAGGACUGCCAGCAGAUACUGAUACGCCUGGGGGGGGGCACCACCAUCGCUGCGUCAUAACACACACACACACUCACACACACACACUCACGCUGGAGAGAGAGU